CACGCUCCUCGCGUGGCCGCUGAGGGGCGGCCGGGCCGGGGGGGGGCUGAGGGGGAUCCGGUGGGAUCCACUGGGAUCCACUGGAAUCCACGGGACUCUCCGCGCCCCCGUGGUGGUGUAAAAGGCAGAGUAACGGCCGCCGGCAGGUAGAGCCGGAGCUGCGUGGUUGUGCCGGCUUUGGGAACGGGCGGCCCCGAGGCUGUGGGGGACCCGGAGGGUGUAACCGGAGCGUGAUCCUGAGGGCAGGGGGGAAGCUCAGCCGAGCUGGUCCAGAAUGGCAAAAAAGAAUGUGCAAAGCAAAGAAAUGAAGGAGGAGAAAAGGAAAAAGCUAAAGCAGCGUGUGGCCCCAAAGGGAGAGCUGGAGUCAGAAACUGAGCCAAAGAAAGUGAAACAGAGCCUGCAGGCCACAGAUGAAGAAGAUCUUACCCCAGAAGAAAGAAGGAAACUGGAAAGAAAAUUGAAAAAAGAGCGCAAGAAGGAAGAAAAGAAGCUGAUAAGAGAAGCUGGAAUCUCUACUAAAAAAGAAGAGCCUAAAAAGCUGUCAGGAUCAGAGCUGGCUCUGGCCUAUUUAACCAGCUGGUCUAAAAAUCCAGAAGAAUGGAAGUUUCAAAAAACAAGACAAACCUGGCUUCUCUUGCACAUGUAUGACAAAGAGAAGGUUCCAGAUGAGUAUUUCACUAUUUUACUGGAUUAUCUGCAGGGACUUCAAGGCAGCGCACGAGACACAACUGUGCAGAAAGCUGAAGCUCUUAUGAAGGAGUUGGAUGGGUCGGAUGAAGAAGACCCAAGCAUGGUGGAGAAGAGCGAGCGAAUACGACAAGUUCUGCAACUGCUGUCCUGAGAAUGUUUUUGAGUCUUGAUGGUUGUCUGGUGGAGAGAAGGAUAGAAUGUCAUACACAGAUACUACAAAUCAGUUGUAAAGACAUAUUUUGAUAAUGAAUCUUUAUACUAAAUUUUCAUAUUUUGCAAUUGUGUUUUCCAACUGCAAUUAUUUAUCAUGUUUUGAGGUGAUGAAAUCAAAACAGAACACCAUAUUGGAUCCAUAGACAUGCUGUUUUGAUUAAAAGUAAUCUUACUGCGCAUCUCUAGAAAAAUAAACCUCUCUUUCUUGUUAGAUUUUCUCCACUUCCCCAUGUAAUUAAUGUUAAAUAAGAGGAGCUUUGCAGUUCUUAAUAAGAAGAGCAAAGCAACCAACAAAAGGCCUGGAGGUUCUUUUACAAUGGCAGCUUUUAAAAUUAACAUACAGUACAGUGCCUGCUCAGCCAGCUGUAAUCUAUCACUUUCAGCUUUAGAAGUAUGUCAUUUGGAUUUGGGAAAGAUCAUUUUCAGUCUGUUGAACACGGGUUGUAUAACACAGUUGCUUAUUAGUACUUCACGCAGUGAUCUGGAGAUACCAUCAGCUUUGUUAGUUUUCCUUGUAUAUUUUAAAGGUUUCAAAUGCUUUAUGGCAAUUGUUUAGAUAUUCAGAUAAUGUGCAGAUGGGGACAGAUCAAAUCUUUCGACCACAUGUAGUGAAAUCAUCUGAUUGUACAUAAACUUACGCUGUGAUGAGAAGUGCCAUGCUGCAACUUUUUGUGUAUAGCCUGCCAAAGUUACAUUUUUUUUCUUUCUCUUGUAAUUGGCAUCCAAAAGAGUUUAUUUGUGUUCAUUUGCUUUGACAUGGGACAUUUGUCUCCUGUGAAUAUGCUGAAAAUGAGGCUUUCAAGUAAAAAACAAGGACAUGAAUUACUCAAAAGUUGGAUGAUUGGCUUAUUUAGUAACACUUGUCUUCAGACAGUGUUCUUGACCCGAUUCUUUAAUCUUUCUGCAAACGUUGUUCUUGCUUUAUUACUAACAACAGUAUGAAAUGUAUAGUAUUUUGGAAGAGUAGCUGUCUUUGGGAAUUACUGCUUUAAUUUGGGUGGGUGAAGGAGGGGAGAAUCUAUGGAUAUACUGGCCUAAUUUUUCAAUAAGCAUUUGAGUAGAUUUGACAGCCCUCACAGUCAUGGAUUACCACAAAUCUUUAAAAGUAUGAAAUGUAUUACUAGUAACAAAUAACUUAUGCUUUCUGACUUAUUAAAGAUGAUGUUUUCAGCUGAAAAAGACUAGAGAGCAGCAUGCCCUGCUUUAACACAAUAAUUGCGAUGGAGUUAACACAACCGUGAGCAGACUGCAGCAGAAGUGACCAGCCUCUGUCAAGCUGCUGAUGGCUCAAAAGCAUUUCAGGAUGACAGUUGGAUGUGGGCUGUGGAGCUAGCUCCCUCGGAGGAUGCAUGCAGUGUCAAAGCAGGGAUUUCCAAAGGGCUAGAAGAAAGGAUGGCACAGGUACAAUGCAGAAGGAAGGAAGACGUUCAGACAGGUAUGAGGGAAGAUCACAGAUGAGUUGAUGCUCUCAGUGAAGAGUAAGCUUGGGCAAAUGAGGGGAGAAAUGGCAGAAGUAUAAGACAGAAAUGCAGGUUUUCACAAAGGUGAGUGAGCUCACUUGGAGGACCACCCUAAUAUUGUAGCUGUCAAUUUAAAUGAUCUCGUUUCUUCCCAUGUCCCUUUUGCCUUCUCUUUUUCUACCACUGGUAAGGUCACGAGCUGGAAAGAUCUUUCUGAGUCCUAAGGCUAAUAGAACUGAGUUUCCAGUGCAAAAGUCAGUGAAAAGGGUCUGUAAUAAAGGGAAGUGAUACUGACA